UCCAGUCGCACACACGCUCAGACAGCAUGAGUACAGCAUCUGAUCCUCUGGUUGGGAGCAGUAGGUCCCUGUCCACAGCCAAGAGACACAAGAGUAUCAGGAAGAACUCCAGGAGGAUUUAUUCAGCCUACCAGGACCACCAGCAGGGUUUGUCGGAUGAUGAAGAUAAAGAAGAUGAGCGGGUGGACAGCAACGACCCAGAAGAGAUGUUCCAGAACAUUCAGUACCAGAAGGAGAUCAUUGCCAAUAUUCGGACCAGGCCAUGGCCAAUGAGACGCAAGCUGAAAGUCCUAAAGCAAGCCAGAGAGAUAGUUCUGAAGUACGAGGGCCGACUGACCAGAACCAGAGGUUACCAAACUGCAGGCGCUGAUCUGCUGAAGAAACUGUCUCGUGUGCUUUACAACAUUGUGGUUUUGUUUGUUCCCUGGGAAGUGAGAAUCAAGAAAAUCGAAAGUCACUUUGGCUCGGGCGUGGCUUCCUACUUUAUCUUCCUCCGCUGGUUGUUUGGGAUCAACAUUGUCCUCACCAUCAUGACAGGAGCCUUCAUUGUCUUGCCAGAGUUGCUGGCUGGAGCUCCGUUUGGAACAACGAGGAGUAAAACCAUCCCCAAGGAGCAUCUGGCUUCAGCCCAGGACUUGGACACCAUCUGGUCUCUUGGGGGCUACCUGCAGUACUCUGUAUUAUUCUACGGUUACUAUGGCAGGGUGAGGAAAAUAGGCAGUGCAGGAUACCGAUUGCCCCUUGCCUACUUCCUGGUUGGAAUGGCUGUCUUUGCCUACAGUUUCAUCAUUUUGUUGCGAAAAAUGGCCAAGAACUCCCGUCUGAGCCUGGCCAGUGCCUCUGAUGAGAACUUCACGUUCUGCUGGAGAGUCUUCUGUGCCUGGGACUACCUGAUAGGAAACCCAGAGGCUGCAGAGAGUAAAGGAGCUGCCAUUGUCAACAACAUCAGGGAAGCCAUUGUUGAGGAGCAGGAAAAGAAGAAGGAUACCAGUCUGGCGGUUCUCAUCAGUCUGCGCAUCUUAGCCAACAUCCUGGUGCUGCUGUCCCUGGCAGGCAGCAUCUACAUCAUCUACUUUGUGGUCGACCGGUCUCAGAAACUUGAGCAGGAGAAGCCGGAGCUGACGCUGUGGGAGAAGAAUGAGGUGAGUGUGGUGGUUUCUCUCAUCACCAUGAUUGCCCCGUCUGCCUUUGAGCUGGUGGCCCAGUUGGAGAUGUACCAUCCGCGAACCUCGCUGCGAUUCCAGCUGGCGAGAGUGCUUGUUUUAUACCUGGGGAAUCUCUACAGCCUCAUUAUUGCCCUCCUCGAUAAGGUCAACAGCAUGAGCUCUGCUAUCCAAGUGAGUCCAAGUAACUGGACCGAUUCCAGCUCUUUCUUGGCCACCAUAUCUCAGCCUGAGGUGGACAGCCUCUCCACCCUGGUGUCAGAGAUCUCUGCCUCAGGGCAUCACAACACCACCAUAGCAACUAUUGCCACAGUGCUGGAUGUUAAUAGCAGCAGGAGGAGCUCAGGGACCUUCUCCAACCAGACAGCUUUGUUUGAGAAGAACACCCGCUCACAGCAGGACCAAUGCUGGGAGACUUACGUUGGCCAGGAGAUGCUGAAGCUGUCCAUCAUCGACAUGAUCUUUACAGUGGCCAGCAUCCUGCUGAUUGACUUCAUCAGAGGUCUGGUGGUUCGCUACCUGAGUGACUGCUGCUGUUGGGAUUUAGAGAGCAAGUUUCCUGAAUAUGGAGAAUUCAAAAUAGCAGAGAAUGUCUUGCAUCUAAUUUAUAACCAAGGAAUGAUCUGGAUGGGAGCAUUCUUCUCUCCCUGUCUUCCUGCUUUCAACGUGUUGAAGCUGAUCGGUCUGAUGUAUCUGAGGAGCUGGGCAGUCCUCACCUGUAAUGUUCCCCAUCAGCAAGUCUUCCGAGCUUCAAGAUCAAACAAUUUCUACCUGGCCAUGUUACUUUUCAUGCUGUUUCUGUGUAUGCUGCCCACCAUCUUUGCCAUAGUGAGAUACAGACCGUCACAGCACUGUGGGCCAUUCAGUGGUCAGGAGAAGAUUUAUGACAUCAUCUCUGAGACCGUGGCCAGUGACUUCCCACUGUGGUUCAGUAAAGUGAUGAGUUACAUCACCAGCCCUAUUGUAGUGCUGCCAGCUCUGCUGCUGUUGUUCAUGCUGAUAUAUUAUCUCCAGGCGAUUGCCAGAUCCCUCAAAUUCACCAACAACCAGCUCAGGAUGCAGCUCCAGACUGAGCGAACUGAAGACAAGAAGAAAGUCUUCCAGAUGGCUGCAGCCAGACUGCAGGCUCCAGAGGCUGCUGCAGACGCAAAGCCAGAUCAGCAGGAGAGUGAUGUCACAAGCCAAGAGGCCUCUAUUAACACCCCAUCUCCCAGGCGAAACGGCAGUGUCACAAGCUUUCAGUCUCCUGUUCAUCGUGGCAAUAGCAUCCGCACCAUCACCCAGUCGGCAUCUAGAGCAGACCUGAACAGAGGCAGCAUGGCUGGAUCUGUCAAAAAUCCAGCAGUGACAGUGCUGCCCAAACACCGUCUGGAACACAUACCCAACAGGCACCCACCAUUUCUUGGUGGCCCUAGUCAUGCCUGCAGGUCCAAGUCCUACCACCAAAUGGCAUACAAUCCUCCAUCUCCAUGUUCUGACAGCAUCCACUCUGACCCCUUGUACAGGAAGACCAUACGCUCCAUACAUCCUGUUGAGGCCGCUGGCAUCAUCACUGCACAGAGUUAUGGAGGACAGUGUGGUCACGCCACCCGCUAUGUGAUUGUCAAUGAGCAUGAGCCCAGGAAGAAGCUGCUGCGCUCAGCCACACGUAUCCCACGCCAUUACCUUAUGCCUCAACCUGCAGAGAUCCUGGAGCUGUACCCACGCAACAUUAGACGAUACACACCCCGCGCAGCUCACCAUCAACCACAUUCUCACAGGUCCCACCCAUCACAGCAGCAUCUGAGCGAGGAGGAAGAGGAGGAAGAACAAGGAAAGGGCAGAAGAAGAAUGUCUCUGGGGAAAACUCACCGGCCGCAUUCCCUGUCUGAUCUCCACCAGCCAGCACACUUCUACAUUGGUGACUGUGUGGAGAGCCACAAGAGCAAGGCCAAAAACAACCACACUGAUCGGAAAAAAUAUGGAGUGCAAGAAGAGGAUGAGGAGGAGGAUGGUGACGGAGAAAUGGACUGGGGUGAUUUGGAGUUACUCUCACAGCCACAGGUCAAUGUGAGAGCAGCUGAACCUGUACUUGUAAGAACCAGGCGUCACCUUCAUUCCCCAGGAAGACAAUGUCAUUCUCCGGCCAGGACCAGGCACAUGGAGUCUCACGUGAAGCCCAAGACGAGACCGAAGCUGGAGACCCCACUGACUGAGUCAGACUCAGCAUCCCUGGCUUCCAGCAGUGACCAGCAAAACAGCAGCACUGACCAGUACAUUCAAGUCAUCCACAACAAGGAGCGCUAUCUCAAGUCUGACACGAGGCAAGGAAAGAUGGCCAAAAAGAAAUCUAAGACUAGCUUUGAUUUGAAUCCCACUGAGUCAAAUGACUUGGUCUGCUCCAAUGUUUGACAUUUUUUACUGUAUCCUGUUAAGGCAGUUCUCAAAUUAUCAUUCAUAGUAUAUAGUAUGGAUUAAUACAUUGCAUGGAAAGCACACAUGGUAUUGUAAUAAAUUAGAUUUUCUUUCUCCUGUUUGCAUGACCAUGGA